AUGAAGGACCAGUAUAAAAGGAAGCUAAAUUCCCAGCUCUCUCAUCCACUUCUCCUGCCUCCUUCUCGCUGGGAACCAGACAUGUCCUGCUACAGCCAGUGUGUGCCAUGCCGGCCCUGUGGCCCCACCCCUCUGGCCAGCAGCUGCAAUGAGCCCUGUGUCAGGCAGUGCCAGAACUCCAACGUCGUCAUCGAACCCUCUCCCGUGGUGGUGACUCUGCCUGGACCCAUCCUCAGCUCCUUCCCGCAGAACACUGUUGUGGGAUCCUCCACCUCCGCUGCUGUUGGCAGCAUCCUCAGCUCUGAGGGCGUGCCCAUCACCUCGGGGGGCUUUAACUUGUCUGGCUUCGGCAGCGGCUACUGUGGCAGAAGGUGCCUGCCCUGCUAAAGCCGCUGGCCUUGGUCCUGGAAACAUGCCUGAAGACCCUACAAGCACGGUGCUGAAUCAAGAAGGAAUCUUCAAGCCACUGCUUUCAGAACAGUUGAUCAUCCUCAGCUACUCCAGGAAAUAGUGAAUGGAAGGGAGAAGCCUGUGCUUUCUGACAACCUGGCUCAUGUCUCUGCUUCUGUUCCUCUACCC